UAACCGCCCCCUACUCGUCGUCUAUUUAUUUCCUCCCGCGACGCUUCCUUCUCCCUGUUUAGUUCCCCACUUCUCUCCCUUUUCCCCAAAGCUCGCCUUUUCUUUUUGCCGGCGGAGGACGCGCAUCGAACAAGUUCCCGGAGGAUUCCAUUCGGACGCAGGCUGAGAGGCUCAGGUUGUGAUUGCGAGGAGCGUGCGGAAUCGGGUGCUGGUCUGGUCGAGAGGCUCGCUGUAUUGGGGAUCGAGUUCGUGGGAUUUGGUUCCCAUCUACAAAGGUGGGGGGCGGUUACCCUAGGUCGUUGCGACUGGAGGAGGCGAGGGUCCAUGGGGGCGGGGGUGUCGAGCCUUUUCUUCGGGAUUGGCGGCGAGGCGGCGCAGGAGCCGGGUGCUCCGGGCCUGGGCGACCUGCCGGAGCUGUGCGCGGCCGAGGUGCUGCUCCGGCUCGACGCGCCGGAGAUCUGCCGGCUAGCGCGGCUCAACCACGCGUUCCGUGGUGCGGCGGGGGCGGACUUCGUGUGGGAGGCCAAGCUGCCGGAGAACUACAGGCACCUGAUGGGUUACGUGGAGGGUGGCGGCGACGAGGGAAGGCGGCGGCGGCGGCGGGCCGGGAAGAAAGAGAUCUACGCCAGGCUCUCCAGGCCUGUGCCUUUCGAUGGUGGGACAAAGGAAUUUUGGCUGGAGAAGAGCAAAGGCAGGGUUUGCAUGGCGCUAUCCUCCAAAGCUUUGGUGAUAACUGGCAUCGAUGACAGGAGAUAUUGGACACACAUGCCGACGGCCGAAUCAAGAUUCCAGUCUGUGGCGUACCUUCAGCAAAUCUGGUGGUUCGAAGUGGUUGGGGAGCUUGAUUUCUGCUUCCCUGUGGGAACCUACAGUUUAUACUUCAGGAUUCAUCUUGGGAAGUUCUACAAGCGAUUUGGCCGCCGUGUUUGCAGCUCAGAGCAUGUCCACGGUUGGGACAAGAAGCCGGUGCGCUUCCAACUUGCCACCUCCGAUGGUCAACAUGCAUUAUCUCAAUGCUACCUGGAUGAGCCUGGGAGCUGGGUCCUAUACCAUGCAGGUGACUUUGUGGUCUCGAAGCCUGACCAAGCACUGAAGCUGAAGUUCUCGAUGGCACAGAUCGACUGCACACACACGAAAGGCGGUCUGUGUGUCGACUCGGUGCUUGUAUACCCCAAGGGCUUUCAGCAGGAGAAAGUGAUAACUGCUAAGAGUUCAGAGAUGAGAUUGUAGACGUGUCGACGCUACCGCUAGAGUUGUAGAGAAGUGCAGGUUGCAGCCCAAUCCUAUUAUCAAUUUGGGCUGUGAUAUUGCAACGGAGGAAACGUGUAUAGAACUGUAGACUCAGAUUUUGUACUGUCAGUAACGUCACAGCCUGCUUUGUGUGUCCAUUUUCCCCAUGGUUCUUUUUUCUCUCCCUGGAACUAAAAUGAGACUUAAAGCUACGGAUUAACGGUGUUGAAUGUUGUUUCUAGUUUGCUACUAGUAAUUGCUACUGAAACUUCUA